CAAGUUAUCUGUAAAGAGUGGCACCGAUAAUGUCAGAUCCACCCAAGCCCCUCCACGACAAUGUCUCACGCACCAAAUCCAGCUCCCCACUCGGACGAGCCGUCUUCAUCGGCCUCCGCGCCGCCGACGUCUGGUGGCAGUACAGCCUGCUAAGCCAGGGCUGGGCCUCGCAGCUCAUAACCAAGCUGGGUGGCUCUCCCGUCGUGGCCGGCAAUGUCUGGGCCACCUCCAGCAGCAGCCUGCACCUCUACUACCACCUCGUCAGCCUCCUCUCCCUGGGCAGCAGCAUCAAGCAGAUCGCCACCAUGCUCUUCGUCUCGGAACAGGAAACCCCCGUCGGCUCCGCCGCGCUGAUCGCCUUCUUUAACACGGCAUUUAACACGAUAAACACCCUCCUUGCCAUCUGGUCGCGCACUUCCCAAGCCCCAGCCUCCACCAGCAAGACCCUAUGGCACUUCAUCCUUGCAAACCCCACCGUAACCGUGGGCUUCAGCGCCUACCUCGUUGGUAUUCUAACGGAGGCAGUCUCCGAGUUCCAGCGCCGCGCAUUCAAGAAAGACCCCGCCAACAAAGGCAAGCCCUACGGCGGGGGUCUGUUCUCGCUGGCGACCAACAUCAAUUACGGGGGAUAUACCGUCUGGCGGGCGGGGUAUGCGAUGGUGACGGGCGGCUGGCCGUUGGCGGCGGCGACCUUCGGUUUCUUCUUCUGGGAUUUCGCGGUGAGGGGCGUUCCGGUGUUGGAUGAGUAUCUGGUCGGUCGGUAUGGGCAGGCUUAUGAGGAGAUUAAGGCGCGGGUGGGAUAUCGGUUGAUUCCUUGGGUUUAUUGAAUUUCUGUCUGCGAUAUUGUUAAUUGGAGUGAU